GCGAGUGCCCAAUUUAGCUGCCUGGGUGAAGAAAGGAAAGAUGUUCCGUUAGCGCCGCCCUGUGGGUUCUCCGGUCACAAGAUUAGCAUCAAAGGUCCUCCUGCACCAGAGCCCGAUGCGUACUGGUUGGCGGAAAGCCUUGCCGCGGAAAGCCUGUCGCCUCUGUGUGGUAUGCUAGAACCCCGGACAAGACAUGAGAAGAAGUUGGGUGUCAUGCAGCAGCCAGUCUCCAGAUCGGAAUCUAGGGGAAAACAUAUGGUAACAUGCUACAUUGUGUCUUCUUCUGUUAGUAUCCCUAUUAUAGGGUAG